UGAAAUCCUUUUCUAGGAAGCAGGCUAUACCGUCGACCGUACAAGGGAAAGAAAGAACGACUGAGACAAGCUGAAAAAGAAUAGCACAUAAUUAGUACAACAUUGAGGUGAACUAUUCGGUCGAAAUAUAGUAAAGACCAUAUUUGUUUUACGGUCUUAUUCGAUUAGGUAAUUUUAGUGAAGGCUUGAGCUUCGAUCGUUGAAGUCUAUUUGAUUAAGGUUUGUGCAACUGGCUUACGUUAGUUUCAGUAGUGUACGUGCGGGAACCCAACUAACGAGCUUUUUCUCCAACCCAAACGAACAUGGCUUACAUAUCAUCGUUUGAACUGGACUUCUACAUAUUUAACGACUCUUCAAGUAUCUGCUCAGUUUAUACUAUCCCAACCACUGUUUUUAUGAAGCUUACUGCGCGGAAGAAGUGUAACCACCACUCUCAGGAAAAUGUCCCCGAUAUGAGCACCGCGAGAGCCGCGGACAACAUGGACGAUGAUGCUAUUCACUGGAACCCAAGAAGAGCUAACCGGUAUGCUAAUGCUUGCUUUUCGGUGUAAGAAGAUGGAUAAAGGACAGUAAUGGAUGUUUCACCGGCAGCUAUGGACAGUGCUCAGAAGUGCACACUAAGUUAAUAUUUUCUGAGUUCUCGUUAGCAACUAUCUGCGAAAUAUACAAAAUCUCAAAUCUAGAUGACUUUAGCUAGCUUGCUAACAGCUGUUAAAUAGCUUAUCUAACUAUUAGCACUAGCUUGCUAGCUAACGUUAUCAAGUUGCAAACGAAUCCAAGACAAGCUGUUUACGACGAAGUUUUCAUUGCUUGCCAUAUUAAAGUUUAAUCGUGUUGAUCUUCAAAUUUUAUUUUUGCACUCUAGUUAAUAAAUGAAUUACGUAUUCAUAUAGAGAAAUAACUUGUAACGUUAUUGCGUUUUCCUGCACGUGUAACUUACCGAAAAGCUUCCACUCAAGCAUUAUUCCUGAUUGCUUAGUAACGUUCGAACAUUGUUAACCACAAGCCGAUCAGAAUGUUUGGAAACGUCAAUCGCGAGGAACAUUUCUCUAGGGUCCAGACACCUCCAUCCACUCCCACUGUGCACGAAGUGCCCUCUCUCCGGCAACCAAACCAGGAGAGCUCGUGGAUGGGCCUGUUCUCCGUGGUUUCUAGGCCCGCGUUGUCAUUUCUGCAAAAGUAUAUACCAGUUCUCGCUCGUUCUACCAUGCCUGACAAUGUCCCUCUGUCAGGGUGGGUCGGUGGGGAUUUCAAGCAGAACUUUUUUGAUGCAGAAAGCGCGCUUUUGGGUCAACUGAACGAAAUCAUGCCCGGAUCUCAGCACCAUACGCACCACCUAGCGUACCUGCAAUACCAGCAUGGAAACGCCGGGCGAGCAGCAUCAGGUAUUAGUACUCCAAGCUGGCUGACAGUAGAAUCUCUUACCGAGUUAGGGAUUCAAUCUACCGAAAUUGACCUAAACAUAAGACAACAAAGUCCGGUUGGAUCUCUCGCAACUUUGAGAGGGUUUCUUAGUCAUGUUUUACUGAACGCUGCGUCUGCCCAGGAAAUAAAAGGCGUUGAGCAAAGGCAAGUCCUCGGUGGCGACGGUUGUACGUCGGACACGUUGUCAACCCGGACAAAAAGUAUUACUGAUGGUAACUGGUGGGGCGGGCUGUGGGGAACAGAUGACAGUGCUCAAGGAUGGCUUUCAAAUUUGUCGAGGAGCCAAGAGAGAACUAGGGUAAAUCACAACAGCGGCGGCCAUUGUUUUCAACCGGAGUCUGGUACAAAGACCACCGUUACCAAGCCAACAGAGCUGUUUAUACAACGCGUUUAUGGUGAAUCAAUGGACGGCGAAAGCGCUGGACCCAACUGCUACAAAGAGGAGUUAAUGGACAAUGGAUGCCUUCAAACGGCUACCCGGCCAGUAUCUCUCCCUAGCCCUGACGGUCUCCAUUUAGACCACUGGGAAACAGGCAGGAUCCCUGAUAAUCUAGUCAUUAUUGGAGCUGUCACUGCCUGCAGUGAGGUGGCAGUUCUUACCCCUGACCAGGAUAAUGGCUAUUCCAGUCUGGAAGAAGAACACUCCGCUAUCCGAAUGUACAUGUGGAGCCCUCCCAGUGAAGAGCUUCAGGGGAUCUCCAAGAUUAGGGAAGAGACCAACACACCGGACGCGCCAACACAGACGAGCUCUGUAGAGAGCGGGCCAGAAACAAUCACCUCAGAGCAGGGAAAAGGGGGAGAGACGCCGGCCACUGGCGGCAUGGAAGGGGAGCAGGGGGAAGAGGUGGGGAAGGAGGAAGAGGAAGUUGAGGACUCUGACAUCACAGACUCCGAGGAUGAAGAGGAAGCAGGAGCUGCCACUCUGGCUCCCCCCUCGCCCCUGUGUAGUAACAAGGCCAUUGCCUACAUAAUGGGCAGCCCCUGCAGUGACGACAGCCAAUCAGACUACUCACUCAGCGACGAGGAAGAUGAUGAUGGUUUUGACAGCGAGGGCUCAUCAGAAUUUUCAGACACCGAAUCAGAUGAGGAGGACCCGGAGGAUGGGUCCGAUUCAGAGCAGGCAGACUCUGAGACGGAGAGACUGUGGAACUCACUGUGCCAAAGCAAAGACCCAUACAACCCCCAGAACUUCACCGCCCCAAUCAGCACCACCUCUCUGACUUUUCCCUCCUCCUCCGCAGCCACGCUGGUCAACUCCCCACACGUCUCUCCUAGGGAGCAACCCCUCUCUUCCUGCUCUCCGGAAGAGGAGUUUAGCUCCGAGGAUGAGUCUGGCAGCAGUGACGUGGAUGAGGCUGAGAGCCUGAGGCUGUGGAACUCCUUCAGCGCCUCCUCAGACCCUUACAGCCCCUUCAACUUCCAAGCCCCGCUAAGGACUAGAGAGCAGGUUGGAACAGGGUCACGUAAGAGGAGCAGCAAGCCCAGCCCACCGUCCCCUCGUCACGGACUGGGCCCGAGCCACUCGCCUCCCCAGUACAGGGCGGAAGAGGCAGAGGAGAGACUGGACAGUGGCUUCUCAGAGACCUUCUAUAGCCCAGAGUCCCAUCCCACUCCAGAGACCACGACCGUGGGCUGCCACAGAGUAAAAAAGGUGCGUUUCCAUGACGAGGUGGAGGAGUUCUACACUUGCGAAGACAACGAGGACCGCCGUGGGCCAUGGGAGGAGCUAGCCAGAGACCGCUGCCGUUUCCUCCGGCGUGUUCAUGAGGUGGAGGAGAGCAUCAGUUAUGUCUUCAGCCCCACCUUCCGCAUCACUGUAUACCAGAGACUACAGCAUCACAGCUGAAAUGUUCAGCUCCGGGCUACACCACCCCUCCAAACCCCUUGACACCACCACCGUCUUCGUCUGGCUAGGGUGUCGGCUAAAUGAGAUGAAACGCCUUGUGACCGCUGAUUGCCGUUAUCCUUUGAUCGACUCCGUGGUGUGCUGGGCUAGCUGAUUAAUGAUCUGAUUCAGGGCGGUAUGCUGGGAGGGGUGCGAAAGGAAUGUGUACUGGUAACAUUAGGGUCUAGAACGGCCUACUGGUUCCUCUGGGAGAACCCUAUGUCAGAACACAGCAGGUAUUCAGUAACAUGAUGCGAAAACAGAACUCUACACCAGACUCUUCAGCUAAGACUGUUUCCUUGAUAUUUACUUUUAAAAGUGGUUUUAUUUUUUUUUAUUUUUUCUCGUACGGUUGGUUUAAAUGGCCCCUUUUGGCGUCGCUCCGUCCUCUCUGGCUCAGGCUGCCUGGGUCUGCGGUCUGUAGUGUUCUCAGCUUCAGGUUACAGGCCAACCUGAUCGCAGCCGUGCCGCAUCUUUCCCCGCAGCACGUUUGGCUUCAGGGGCGUUUGGACCGUCACCAUGGUGUUGAAGAUGGACCGGUUUGUCAAGGCUUCCUUUAAAUCCUGACAGACAGACAGCCUAUAAUGCUUGCAAGUGUUCUUAUGUGAUGUGAUCAUAAGCAGGGUUCUUACAGUAUGGUAACUAAGUGUGUAAAACAUGGAGUGUUGAAACCAUGCCUUCAUUGUUUGUCCGGGUGUCUUCCUGGUGUCAUUCAUUAGCCAUGGACUUGUGUUCUAUUCCACGUGUAUUAAAACUAUAACGCCAAAGACACACACACACACACACACACGCGUCACUUCUGCCCCGAACCAGCUCCUGUUCCAGCUUUGUACUUGUUCAGUGACUCAGGUAACAGGUGUCACUUCCUUAUUGCAGUCCACAGUUGGAAGUGAAUAACCAUCAUGUACAAUAGCGUUGUUCUGGCGGUGGAUGGCCUCGACGGAAAUGUACAAGGCAACAUAAAGGAGGGGUGGUGCCUUUUUCCUUGCCGCUCCGUCUACGCUGGACAACCAGGUAUUUCUAGGUUGUGCACAGUGGUUAUUUCUGAGCUGCAGUGAAGUCUUAUGAUGAAGGUGUAAGUGUUAUCCUCAACCUUGUUUUUGGUCCAGAGGUCUUCAAACCUCUGCUCGGGCCUCCAGAUGUUUCACAAUGUUCUGGUAUCCCUGAACAGGCACUUCGGUCUCACUAAUCAAGGGCUUGAUGAUUAACUGACUAGUCUAAUCGGGUUAUCUCUUGAAUAGAUCAAAUACCGUGGAUGGCUGGGGGUCCCCGAGGAGAGGGUUGAAUACCUGCUUUUUUUUUGCCUCUUCUCAUCUGCUGCCCUCACUGGCCACUGUUUCCUAGAAUAAAACAACGUCGCUGUAAUCCAUUGACCGUUUGCCCCUCGGUUGUUUUCUUUGAAUUGACGCCUGCACCUUUCUAAAGCUUGCUUCUAAUAGUGAUGAUCUUGGAAUCGAAGCGGUCCAUCUCCGGGCACCUGUCCCCACUGUUAAAGCAUGGCCUACCUGUACCCCAGGUCAACAUGUUGAGUACGCUCCUCUGGAUAAAGGGAUGACUUCUACGGUGAGCAUGGGGAGAGGACGAUGAGACGUGAAAUGCACAUUCUGAAGAGAUUUUCAGAAUGAAAAAAAUGACCAUUAAAGAUGUACUCCGAUCUGAAGAAUAUAACAAAUUUUACUUGGUGUUAUUUAGUCAGUAUAAUUAACAUGAAAUUGUUUUAUUUUUGUAAACAUUUUAGGAUGAGUUCUGCAUAACUGUUCCUUAUACAUUUAGAAGUUAAUAUUCAGUGAAAAUAAAUCAAUAUUAAAUUAUUAA